AUGGCUUCAAAGAACUUUUUCAAUGCAAGAGCUAACUACAUCUACCCUACUCUAGGGAGUGCUAAUAAUCCAAUGACUGGUCAUGACGACGUUUUUGAGUUCGAUGAGGCUACUGUUUGGAAUUGUAACGUUGUUUCAUCGUUGGAGAGCAAGAAAACGAAACCAAGUUCACGUUCAUCAAAGAAAGCUCCUAGGAAGAUUGAUCAUAUGGGCAAGGAACGGACCCCGGUGACAUGUGCAUCAUUGCCAGUCAACAUACCAGAUUGGUCCAAGAUUUAUAGCGAUCAUCAAAAGAAAGAGAAUAUUGAAGCUGGUAGUGUUUAUCAGCUUGAUCAUGAUGAUACUGACUGUGAUGAUGAUGAUGAUGAUCAAGAUGGUAGAGUGCCUCCGCAUGAAUAUUUAGCUAGGAGGAGAGGGGCUUCUUUUUCCGUUCAUGAAGGGAUAGGAAGGACCUUGAAAGGGAGGGACUUGCGCCAGGUGAGAAAUGCAAUUUGGAAGAGAGUUGGAUUUGAAGAUUAG